AAGCUACAGUAUUUGUUCCAGAAGUCAAUAUUUAAUGUGACAUGCCAUACCUUUGCAGGAACGAUCCCUUUGACUGUAAAUGUUUGGGUAAAAGGCUAAACAUGAUAUGCUCUGCAUUCUAUACACUACUGAGAAAUCGAAAUCAGUAUCCAGUUUGGUAGUCUCGUUUAAAAAUUACAGUAACAGCGGUGACGCCUUCAGAGGAUGUGACGUAAAAAUCUGCAUAAUUUAUGAUGAUAUCAUGCCCUCUCCGGCUCCGCCAAUCAGCAUGCGUUACUUCCACCACCUGCUAGCAACUGAAUUCCAUCAUUCCAGGCAUUCCAGCCUCCUCCUUCCUCCUCCUCCUCCUUUUUUUCUCGUUUACAACCAAGUUGGUCCCGACAGCUCAGCUACUAGUAUUGUCUUCCCUCCCACGGAGCCGUUUAGCUGCGGAUUAAGCUUCGUAUCUCUGUGGAAUAUACACUUUUCCUCCCUCACGGUUUGUUGCCCUCUGCUUGGACGUUGUACUACUGGAAGAUACCAAAGUGGCGCAUAAAGGAGGUUACCCAGCAUGGAGACGCCACUGGAUGUUCUGUCAAGAGCAGCGUCAUUUGUUCAUGCUAAUGAAGAAGAGCGAGAAGCAGCCUUGCGAGGAGACCCCCGACUGCAGGCCCUGUCCCUGUCCUCGUCGUCUUCCUCCUCCUCCUCAUCUUCCUCUUCGUCAUCCAUCUCCAGCCACAGGACGGGCCCGCCACCCAUCAGCCCCACCAAGAGGAAGCUGAGCGGGGAGCAGGGGGACAGCGACAUGGACGACAACGAGCACGUGGCUAAGAUGAGUCGCCUCUUCGCCGCGCAGUUGAAGCCUCACGGAGACUAUCGCAGCUCCUCCAAGGACCAGAGCCGGAGUCCCAUGGAGCGUGUGGUGGUGCCCGGCGCUCUUGGCGUCCACGGCAACCACCUGUACGGCCACGCCCACCUCCCGCACCAUCACCACCUGGCUAGUUUAGCCGCCAUGGACCAGCCGCUGGCGCUCACCAAGAGCAGCAGCAUGGCGGAACGAAGCAGUGUGGCAACGCUGGUCGCCGUGCCGCACGCGGUGGGCGUCGCCGAACGACAGCAGAAUCGUCCAUCAGUGAUCACAUGCGCCCCUGCUAACAACCGCAACUGCAACCUGUCACACUGCCCGCUUUCCCACAAUGGCUGCUCAAGCCUCACUAAUAACUACAGGAGAGUCCACACCAACACGGCGUGCGACCCCGUCAUCGAGGAGCACUUUCGCCGCAGUCUGGGCAAAAACUACAAGGAGCCCGAAGCCACAGCGACAGCCACCAACUCUGUGUCCAUCACCGGCUCGGUGGACGACCACUUUGCCAAGGCGCUGGGCGAGACCUGGCUGCAGAUCAAGAACAAGAGCACCCCGUCGUCGUCCGCCAGCAGUCCCAACUCGUCGCCCGACAGCCGCAUGAUCAACCACAACCACUCCCCUUCUCUGGUCUCUUGAAGCGGGCGAGAGAGGAUUUCCAAGAGGGACUGGUCCCCAACACCGGCGCUCCUUGAGGGAGCGCCCAGCCUGCUGGUCUGCUUAACACAAAUUACCCCGCUUGAGGAUCAUUGGAGCAAUAAGGAACUGAUGAGGAACUUGAACGCGGCGCCCUUGCGAGCCUUCUGUAGUUAUUUGUACAUAAAGAAGCAGUUUUUCUUGUAGUUGUUUUUUUUUGUUGUUGUUUUGUUGGUUUAACUGUAUUUGGUUAUUCUGCAUCGGAAAGACACAAACACGACCGCGCUCCCAAAGAAACCCCGAGCCCCUUUCACACUGCGCGUCAAAGCCUCGCCGGCCGCUCUGAAAGAUCCCAGAUGACACGUUUGAUGGGGAUGCUGGAUAGCGGGGAUACGGCUGUGACCUUUGACACACGCCCUUUGGAUAGGACUUUGCGCCAGGAUUAGGUUUUUCAAGCCUAGUUUAGGGUUUCAAAUUUGGCUUUCAAAAUUCCGAUUGGCCGUUAAUUAAAUUAAUUUAUGAAUGAAUAAACAACAUGGUAACUUCUCUUUUGGUACCAUACCGCUUACAACAAUAAAGAUAUGAAUUGCUGGCAGAAUAUAUGACUCUUAUACAAUAUUUAAGUAUUGUUUCAGUAUUUGUUUAACUUGGGUUGUGGUUAGGGUUCAGGGUUCAAGUUGGGGUAAUAGUUUCAAGCCUGAGUUGAGGAUUUUUCAAUUGGGGUUAUACUUUCAAGUUCUUUUUGGAUUCAAGAUUGCGGUUUUAAAUCUGGUGUUUGGUUAGUUUCAUCAUGGCACUGUUAAAGUUCCAAGUUGGGAUUUCAAUGCACAGAUAAGGUUUGACAUUUGAGCAAGAGAUUACAAUUUAGGUUUGGCUUUCAAAUUAUUCUUUGUUUUAGGGUUUCAAGCAAAGCCUGGUUUCAUGUCAGGGUUAGUGUUCCAAACCGAAGUUUCAACUUUGGUUUUCAAGCCUAUUCUAAGUGUGAGUGCAAAGCAUGCCAGCGCAAAAAGCAGUGUGAAAGUGUCCGGCGUUUCUCCCGGCUCAAACGAGCGACAGACGAUGACGCGCUAACGCUAACCGUGAAGAACGAAAAGCUGAUGUCAGAUGUGACGGCGCCUUAAAAAAAAAGCCGCCCGAUGCUCUUCACUUUGGCUCGGUAAGGUUUGAAGGGCAAACAAAUGCUUUUAACCCCUGCAUGUGUUUUUAUUUUGAAUAGCUGGUAUCUAUUAGUAAGCAUUUCAACUACUUUUAAUUAGCCUUUUUAAUUUUUUAUUUUUUUUUCCCUGGACGUUAUCUUGUAACACACGUUAGACAAUAUACACUCACUGCUGGAUCAGUUGUACUCCAUGUUGUUAUAUCGUUGAUGUUACUAUACUGUGUGUUUUUAGUUUUUUUUUUCUUUGUGUGCUAGCAAACAUCUCGAGCUAGCCGACAGGCUUUGCUAAUCAUUUUGCAAACAAAACUGAAAAAUGCGAGCGUUGAUGUUGAGCCAUCAGUGGGAGCUACUGCAUGCAUCCUUGUAACGCGCCAUACUCGGACGUCCCGCUGGCAUCUGUAAAGUGCUUGCCAAGCAGCACGGUUCGUACGGUACGGUACUCAGUCUUGAGUAAUGGCUCGAAACUACUUUUCGGAUGAUCUCAUUGGAGCCCCGCCCACCCUCUUAAAAAAAAUGAAGUGUGUAUUUUCAAAUUGUGGGUUUCAUAUUUUGAGGGUUUCAAAGCAGUGGUUAGUGUUUCAAAUUAGGGGUGUGGGUUUGACCUAAGGUUAAGAUUUCAAAUUAGGGUUUUGAGUCAAGGUUGCAAUUUGAAAUUAGAUGGGCACGCUUAUGUUAGGGUUGCGGGCCUUGGGUAGGGUGUUAAAUUGGGGUUUCAAAUUAAGGUUUGGUUUUAAAUUAGGAUUUCAAGUCAGUCAGGGUUAGGGUAUCAAGCAAUAAUUCGAAUUUCAAACAGUCUUUCAAAUUAGGAUUGGAAGCCUUAGCCAAGGUUGCUUUCGGGUUUCAAGCAAUGGUUACGGUUUUGUGUCAGGGUUACUUUCAUAUAGCUUUGGGUUUGAAGUCGGGCUUAUACUUUCAAAUAAAGGCUAGGUUUUUAAGAGUUUGGAAUUCAAAUUAGCAUUUUAAGCAACAAUUGAGGUUUCAAAUGAGGAUUUCAGGCUACAGUCUGGCUUUCAAAUUAGGGCUUCAAGCAACAAUUAGUUUCAAGACAGGUUUAGGGUUUCAUGUCAGGGUUAGGGUUUUUACCCCCCCCCCCCCCCCCCCCUGAAUUUUUAAGCAGUGGUUAUGGUUUUUAGUUUGGGUUUCAAACUCAAUCGGUGUUUCUAGCUCCGAUUGGAGUUUGAAUGUAAUGUUUGAAGUUGUUUCAAACAAGGGGGUGAGAUUUAAAUGACACAUUAUCCAAGCAGUCCAACAUGAGAUCCACGUUUGAUUUUGUGUACAGUACCACAAAGGGGCGGAGUUACAAAGCAAUCCAUUGAUUGGUUGAUGGAGAAUCGUGCACGAGUGGGGAAUGGAACAGGAAGAACACAAAAUGGCUUCUCCCUCCCAUUUCUCUUGUCAUUUCUCUUUUUGUUCAACAUUCGAGAAAGGCUUCCGUACCGUGCUGAACUUGACCGCUUCGUGGAAGCGCUCCCAACAUGAAGCGUCUGCCACACAUUCCAUUCUUAGUGCGUGACGCAAAGAGGACUACAACUAAAAUGGCGGCCGAUGUUCGCAGGAGCUGAGCUUCUGUUCGCGCUGAAACGUAAUAUUAACGGCUUGCGCAAUUUAUCAUUUCACGACCACGCUCUAGUUUGAAGGCUGCCUGUCUGCUACAACACACACACUGUAGGAAAGAUGACUUUUUUUUUUAAAUAGUAAGACCAUCACUACGCUGUGCGUAACGGAUGUACAGAGAAAACAAAUCAUAGGUAUUUUUCAAGGAACAAUUUGUUAAUGAUAUGUAGCUAUUUAAUUUUUUUUCUUCCUGUCAUAUAAUCCUUUUUUUUGUUCAUGUUGAAAAAGUUGAUCUUUUUUUGUUGUCUUGAAAAAGGUUCAAGUGCAGGAACACACAAAAAAAAGAAAAGCCACUGGACAUUGUCGGUGACAAUCGCUACAUCCAGCAAAUAUUUAAUAAAGUAAAACAAAUGCUUGGCCCCAAAAAGUCCGGUGACUUUGCCACUAGGGUCAGCGCUGCUGCUGGCUGUUUCUUCAUCCACGUCUCCCCCCACCAAAUCAUUUGUCAAACAAAUGCGUUUUUAAUCAACGUGGGCGAUGUGGUGACCAAUCAAAUAUUUUGGGGUUUGCCACCCCCUCUGCCCUUUUUUUUUUUUUUUUUUUUUUUACAAGUAGCAAGUACUUAGUGCUAGGAUCACUCUCAAAUGUAAAGCAAAAAACAGUUUGUGGCUCUGUCUCCUACUGAAAAGGUUUUGGCAGGCCACCUUUUUUUUUGUACGUAAAGUAGCCUCGAUGAACAAUAAAGUGCUUUUAAAUCAC